AUGGCCGCUGAAGAGAUCCGAUCCGCGGCCUGCACCGGCUCCAGCCUGCUGCAGCCGGUCAGCGAGAUCACCAACCUGCCGCUGGACCAGGUGAACUUUGUGGUGUGUCAGCUCUGCGCUCUGCUGUCGGCCUUCUGGUUUCGUCUCUUCCUCCAUCCCAGUAAAACCAGUCCGUUCAUCAGACACGUGGUUGCCACUCUGCUGGGACUCUACUUCGCUCUCUUCUGCUUCGGAUGGUAUGCUCUUCACUUCCUGUUUCAGAGCGGACUCACCUACGGCAUCAUGAUCCUGACCGGAGUCGAACACAUGCACAAGUACUGCCUGCUGGUGGCGCUCAGCUACCUGAGUCUGUGUCAGAUCACUCGAGUCUACGUCUUCGACUACGGCAUGUACUCCGCCGACUUCACCGGACCGAUGAUGGUGAUCACUCAGAAAAUCACCAGCCUGGCGUUUGAAAUCCAUGACGGAAUGGCACGAAAAGAGGAACAUCUGACACCAGGACAGAAGAUUUUGGCAAUAAGGAGGAUGCCCAGUCUGCUGGAGUACUUCAGCUACAACUGUAACUUCAUGGGGAUCCUGGCGGGACCCACCUGCUCCUACAACGACUACAUCGCCUUCAUCGAGGGAGAUCCCCGUCGCCAUAGAGACCAGGAGGCCGACAGGAAGGCCAACAAGCUGAGGCAGAGCGAGCCCUCGCCAAACGUGGAGGUGGUGCGUAAAGUGGCCACUUCCUUCUUCUGCCUCCUGGUCUUUCUGUCGGUGUGUAAGGUUUUCCCCGUGGAGCGAAACAUCGACGACGACUUCAUCGCCAACACGCCGUUCUACGCUCAGGCGGUCUACCUGUACCUGUCCAUGCUGACCACCAGACCCAAGUACUACUUCGUCUGGACGCUGGCCGACGCCAUCAACAACGCUGCCGGCUUCGGCUUCAACGGCUACGACAGCGACGGCUCUCCUCGCUGGGAUCUCAUCUCCAACCUGAGGAUCCUCAACAUCGAGUUCGCUACGAGCUUCAAGGUUUUCCUCGACAACUGGAACAUCCAGACGGCUCACUGGCUCAAAAGGGUGUGUUACGAGCGAUGUCCCUACCAUCCGACAGCAGCCACCUUCAUCCUGUCGGCCAUGUGGCACGGAGCGUACCCAGGAUACUACCUCACCUUCCUCACCGGCAUCGUCAUCACACUGGCUGCCAGAGCGGUCAGACACAACGUUCGGCCGCACUUCCUGCAGUCGCCGUCCCACAAACAGGUCUAUGAUGUCAUCACGUGGGCGGCCACUCAGGUCGCCAUCUGCUACACGGUGGUGCCUUUCGUCCUGCUGUCCGUCGGCCCGUCGCUAAAGUUUUACAGGUCCUGGUGCUUCAGCCUCCAUAUUGGCUGUGUUCUGCUGGCGGUGGCGUUGCCGGUCAAACCCAGACACCUCCGCCUCAAAGACCAGCAGAACAACCUCCUCCAACAACAGCCGGUGCAGCACCACCCAGAGGUCACAGACAGCAAAUGCAGCCAGAAGAAGAAAACCACAUGA